AGCCUUACAUUUUAUGUUCUCAGUAGUAGUGGCGAGGAAGGAACCAUCGCGCCAGUCUCACUAUGUCCUCCCAGGUGGUGGCGGCAGAGGAGAUUGAUGUCGACUUUUUACCUGUGAUUUACCAGUACCUACGCUGUUUGGAGAAAGAGCAAACAGACGUAAGCCGUGUGUCACAGGAGUCUAGCCAAAAGGUACUUGAGCUUCAACGUAAGAUCCAGACUGCACGUGAACAGGUGCGUAAACUUCCUGGCGUAGAGUACAGUCGGGAGGAACAGCUGCGUAAACUUGAGGCCCUAAGAAAGCAGCUGGCUCUCAAGAAACGUCUGCUGCUCAAGUACAAGGCUAAAAGUGAAGUUCCCCAUUAAUCAGGCAUUGUUUGUGCUAUGGUGCUGCGGUAUCUUCUGCAACGAUUCCUGAACAAUCCUGAGGUAAUUGAUAAAUUGGCAGAUUCUUAUCCGAUCCGACGUGCUGCUCAGCUUACUGCUUAUGCCUUUCAGCGUGGCAAAG